CCGCCGACUCACCUCCCGGGGGGCGGGGUGCGGGCGCCCAUUACCUCAGGGGCGGAGCCGGCCGGGAUCACCCGGACCAAGGCGGAACUGACGGGUUCGGUGGCCGCCCCAGCACCUGGAACCAAAAGUCACCUGUGUAGAGGUCGGAGGAGGGGCCAGGGCAACAGUUCACCUGGGUCAGGGGAGACCUGACCCAGGUGCAGCCCCACCCUGGUCUCGUUCAGCGCCCCCGCGGGGUUGGCGCCCUCGGCUGGCCACGUCUGAGAAACCCACCCACUGUCCGUCCGUGCGUCUGUGCGUCCGUCCCUACGCGGCAGCCAUGACCUGGAGCGCCACCGCCCGCGGCGCCCACCAGCCCGACAACACCGCGUUCACGCAGCAGCGCCUCCCCGCCUGGCAGCCGCUGCUGUCCGCCAGCAUCACGCUGCCGCUCUUCUUCUGCGUGGGGCUGGCCUUCAUCGGCCUGGGCCUGGGCCUCUACUACUCGUCCAACGGCAUCAAGGAGCUGGGCUACGACUACACCGGCUACCCGGGGACCAGCAAUUGCUCCCUGUGCGCCACGGCCGGCCGGGGCCGGUCGCCGCCGCCCGCCUGCUCGUGCGCCUGGUACUUCACGCUGCCCGAGCUCUUCCAGGGCCCCGUGUACCUCUACUACGAGCUCAGCAACUUCUACCAGAACAACCGGCGCUACGGCGUGUCCCGCGACGACGCGCAGCUGAGCGGGCUGAGCAGCGCGCUGCGCCACCCGGUCAACGAGUGCGCCCCCUACCAGUACAGCGCGGCCCGCCUGCCCAUCGCGCCCUGCGGCGCCAUCGCCAACAGCCUCUUCAAUGACUCCUUCUCGCUGUGGCACCAGCGCGGGCCCGGAGGCUCCUACGUCGAGGUGCCGCUGGACCGCACUGGCAUCGCCUGGUGGACCGACUACCACGUCAAAUUCCGCAACCCGCCGCUGGUGAACGGCAGCCUGGCGCUGGCCUUCCGGGGCACCGCGCCCCCGCCCAACUGGCACCGGCCGGUGUACGAGCUCAGCCCGGACCCCAACAACACCGGCUUCAUCAACCAGGACUUCGUGGUGUGGAUGCGCACGGCGGCGCUGCCCACGUUCCGCAAGCUGUACGCGCGCAUUCGCCAGGGCAACUACUCGGCCGGGCUGCCGCGGGGCGCCUACCGCGUCAACAUCACCUACAACUACCCGGUGCUGGGCUUCGGCGGCCAGAAGAGCGUCAUCUUCAGCAGCAUCUCCUGGAUGGGCGGCAAGAACCCCUUCCUGGGCAUCGCCUACCUGGUCGUGGGCUCCCUCUGCAUCCUCACAGGCUUCGUCAUGUUGAUCGUCUACAUUCGUUACCAGGAUCAGAACGAGGAGGACGAGGACGAAGAGUGAUUCCUACUGCUGGCCAAGUCCCCUUUGCGCCCCCCACUUUGCCUCCUGUUGUGGAGAAGGGACAAGAGAAAAGAAUUAUGUUCCCUCAUUUAAAAGAAAAAUUUUUUCCCCUCCAGGGUUAUUGCUGGGGCUCAGUGCCUGCAC